AGAAUGGGCAACCCCCAUAUUUUGAUGAUAUCUUAUCCAGCACAAGGCCAUGUUAUUCCCUUGAUGGAGCUUGCACAAUGCUUAGCCCAACAUGGCUUCAAAAUCACAUUUGUGAACACUCAGAUCACUCACAAACGUGUUCUAAAUGCAAUGGCAGGAAAAGAAAUUUUAGGGAAUCAAAUUCAUCUAGUUUCAAUCCCGGAUGGAUUGGAAGAAGAGGAUAGGAGUAUUCCAGGGAAGUUAACUGAUUCAAUCCUCCGAGUCGUACCGGGGAAUCUUGAGGAGCUAAUAAAAGAGAUUAACGAAUCAGUGGAUGACAACAUAUCUUGCCUUAUUGCUGAUAUAAGUAUUGGAUGUGUUCUAGAAGUUGCUAUGAAGAUGGGGAUCCGGCGAGCAGCCUUCGUGCCUGCAGCAGCCACUGUAAGGGUCUUGGGAUCCAGCAUUCCAAAGCUAAUUGGUGAUGGAAUUAUCAACAACGAUGGAACUCCAACGAAGAACCAGACGAUUCAGCUGUCAC